AUGCUGAGCGCCACCUCCGACGUCAAGGUCUUCGCCCUCAGCGCGUCGAUUCUGUACGGCCGCAAGGCCUUCGCCGCCAACACGCGCAUGCCCGAGAACAAGAAGCUCGUGUGCAACAUGGGCAUCAAGGUCGACAUGGACGACAAGGCCGUCAAGGCGGCGGUCGAGAGCGAGAUGCGCUGGAAACGAAUCAUCCAGAACGACCUCGAGUCCAUGCCGCUCGCUUUCGUCGUCUUCUGGGGCGCUAUCACCGUGGGCGUCAACCCCAACGUCACCAAGACGCUCAUGCGGGCCUACACCACGGCCCGCAUCGGCCACACGGCCGUCUACUCGCUGGGAAUGCCGCGCGCUCGCUUGGCCUGCUGGAUGGCCGGCACCUUCUGCAUCGUUGCUGCAGCAGCCAACGGCUCUCAAUUAGUAACCUGUCCUAUGGAUAUAGCUAGGCUGUGCGCCACGACAAGGAAAUUCAGCCUACCGUUCUAA